AAUGAGACAGGCUUCUACUUUCACAUCUAUAUCCUCUUCCGAUAUACAACAUGACCAUCAACGACCAACUCAGCCGGGGAUACCCGAUCUUUCUCGGUCUGAUUGCGCUUUUCGGAAUUAUACAGCUCUGUAUUAGCGCUUGGCUCACGGCGCAAUUCAAUCGCCACCAUAAUCAGCUCGACAACAACGAGCGUGAUCGCACGCGGUACACCCUCUUCACAUCCAUAUGGACUGUCGUGUUCUCGCUGCUGUUUCUAUUCUUCUCGUGUCUGCUGGAAGGAUCGGUGGUUACAAGUGUUUUGAUGAAUCUCAUCUUCCUCGGUGUGACCUGGGUUCUGUGGCUUGCAGCGGCAUCAGCCGUGACCCAGACGCUCGGAGGACACUUGAACUGUGGUUCCGAACGUUUCUUCGUGUACUGCCACCAGCUGAAUGCUAUGGAGGCAUUCGCUUGGAUCGAAUGCGGUCGCGGUCGAGGAGCGCGCGGUGGAGGGUCACGCGGUGGACGAGGAGGACCACGCGGUGGUGGUGCAGCACCGGGCCCAUCGGCGACCUUCCAAGCUCCAGCCGCCCAUAUCACUACAGUUGGCGCUCGGCGCCCUGACUAUGGCAAGAGCGGACGCCCAAUCAACAUCGCAACGAAUUUGUUCAAGGUGGAUAUCCCCGAGGGCUCGAUCUACCAUUACGACGUCGUCAUCGCAGGCGACAAGGUCCUCCCACGCUCCUUCAACAUGGAGAUCAUCCGGACGCUUCAGAACAGCACUGCACCGACUGUUUUUGCGGAGACGCGCGCGGUAUUCGACGGGCAGAAGAACAUGUUCACGCCUGUGCCGCUCAACUUUGGCGGAGCAGCAGCUUCGCGAGAGUUUGACGUUGCACUUGAGGGUGCUGGGUCACCAGGACGUCCCCCCAAGAUCAUCAAAGUGCGCAUCGCGCAUGUCGCGACAAUUAACACCGAAGUCCUUCAUCGAUACAUCCAGGGAAAGCAAUCCGCUGAUAACACCGUUAGCACAGCCCUCACGGCACUGAACGUGGCGAUUCGAAUGGAGCCCUCCCAGCGGUAUCCGACCAAAGGCCGCUCCUUCUUUACGGACAAGAACACUAGACCGCUCGGUGGCGGCCUCGAGAUGUGGCGCGGGUACUUCCAGUCGAUCCGGCCCGUUGUCGGGCGCAUGGUCAUAAAUGUCGACAUAUCUACUGGAGUGAUGUACAAGCCCGGACCGCUGAUCGGGCUCUGCCUUGAAUUCCUCGAUCAGCCACGAAGCAACCCAGCGCAGCUGCUGACCAGUCGAGGGCUGGACGAUCGCACGCGUCUGCGUCUAGGCCGGUUCCUUGCUGGAGUCCGGGUAGAGACGAAGGAUGCCGGGUCGAACGCUCGCCGCGCACGCGUCAUUCGCAAGCUGAGCCAGAAGGGCGCGAACGAACUCACGUUCCAGAUGCGUGACGGUCAGACGAAGACUGUUGCCCAAUACUUCUACGAGAUGUCCCGUCAGAGGUUGGCGAAUCCGCAGAUGCUCUGCGUCGAGAUCGGGCAAGGUGCCUUGAUUCCACUCGAACUCUGCACUGUCAUCCCUGGCCAGCAGAUGCGUAAGGAAUUACCGGAAACGAUGCGCAAGAGUUUGGUCGAGUUCUCCAGUCCCCAACCGAUGGAAAGAUUGAACGCUAUCAGACAGGGCUUCCAGGUUCUGGCAUAUGGCCAAUCGGAAUAUGUCCGCAAGUUCGGACUCACCGUCGCUCCGUCCGAGUCGACCGUCCAAGCCCGGGUUCUCAAACCCCCUGUCCUUCAAUACGGCCCGGGCAGCAAGCAAAAGAAUGUGGAACCAAGGAAUGGCGCCUGGAACAUGAUGGAAAAAAAGCUUUAUCGACCGACUUCGAUCGGGCCCUGGGUGUUAGUAUCCUGCGACUCUCGUGUGGGAGGUGCUGCUCUCGACGCUAUCGCAGAGGGCUUUGUUGGAGGCUGCGAAAGUACAGGAAUCAAAAUGCAGCAUAAGAAGCCAUGGCAACAGAUGGUCAAUCCACAAGGCGACAUCCCCCAGCUUUUGAGAGAGGCAGGGAAAAAAUGUUUCGAUCAAUUCAAGGCGCCACCCACUUUGUUUGUGGUUAUAUUACCCGAUUUUGGGAACGACAUAUACACGAACGUAAAACACUGGGGCGAUGUUCUACAAGGCAUCCCGACGCAAUGUCUGAAGUCUUCUAAAUGUCGCUAUGCUAAGAUCCAGUACUGGGCAAAUGUCGCACUCAAGAUCAACGUCAAGAUGGACGGAAUCAAUGUGAUACCGGAUCCCGCUGCCAGCGCGUUUCUGUCUGACCCGCGCAACCCGACCGCCGUCAUCGGCUUUGAUGUCAUGCACCCCGCCCCGGGAAGUACGGACCGGCCGUCGUUUACUGCGGCUGUGUCCAGUGUUGACUCGAAUGCGGCCAAGUACGUUGCUGUGCAAGGUGUUCAGGAGUCGAGGAAAGAGCUGAUUGAUGGGCUGGACCGGAUGGUCACUGAGCUGCUCGAAAAAUACAUGCUGUAUCGGGAACGGGUGGAGAAGGUUGCCCCCCAGAGCAAGGCACCGAAACGGCUGAUUGUGUAUCGGGACGGCGUUUCCGAAGGCCAGUUCCAGCAGGUGCUGGAUGUUGAGCUGCCCCAAAUCAAAGCCGGGUGUACGGCUCUUGGCAUCAAACCUGCUAUUACACUUGUUGUGGUUGGUAAACGACACCACGUGCGACUGUUCCCUACGAACGACAGAGAUGCAGAUCGAUCUGGAAACCUCCCAGCUGGCACCGUUCUUGACCAGGAGCUCGUGAACCCCGUCGAAUUUGACUUUUUCCUUCUCAGUCACGCGGGGCUGCUUGGAACCAGCCGGCCCGCACAUUACUCGGUGCUGUACGACGAGAACAAGCUCAAUGCGGAUACCAUGCAAAUGAUCUCCUUCGCUCUCUGCCACGUCUAUGCCAAGUCGACGCGUUCCGUUUCCAUCCCUGCACCGGUGUACUACGCCGACACGGUUUGCGCCAGAGCCAAGAUCCACUACGACCCCAGCAAGGUCCGGGACGAGUCCGCGUACACGAACACAACGGAUGCUUCCAAAAUGCUCGAAACGCUGAAGGCUGACUUCCGGCCGUUGCAUUCGAACCAGAAGUUUAAGAUGUUCUUUUCUUGAUCAAAUAACUCAAGCCUCCUUCUGCGCAAUACGUGUUUACAGUAUCGACUCCUCCUGCCUUGAUCCGCUUUGAACCCGCUCUUGUAUGACCCAAAUUCAUGUUCUGUAACCUGUCCUACCGACUGCCACUAUGAAAUUGAGCAAAUAAAUGAUGAUUAUGUUGUAGCGUAGUCGUUCAUCUCGCUGCAUAGGAGUUGCCUUGCAGACGAAGGAAGCGCUCGUAAGGAAAUGACAUGAAAACGAAGAAGCCAUCCCCGAUCAAGGUUGAGAGAAAUGAAACACUGCUUGUGGACUAUGCAGGGCUGAAGGUUUUCCGUAUCAUGGGGUGAUACCGUAACUAGUGGACACCAAAAAAU